AUGGUUCGCAUGUUCCAGGGAAAAAGAAGAUCGCAGACACUCGCAAUCGUGACUGCAUUGCUUGCUGUGCCCUUUGUCAUUGUGGACAGCAAUCGAGUUCACAAAGUUUUCCAGCGAUUUGCUCGCAGAAAGGGCCCAGCUGGCACCACACGAAAUGGCGACUCUACGAGAUCAGAUCGUUCAUCUGGGUCCAGACAGACUCCGCAGGGUGCAGAUGGAGACGAACGUUUGAAAAAACCCAGUGUAGGCAUUUCCGUGCAAGCUACGGAGACCAGUCCUGACGACCAAUCUGUUCAUAUGGAGGUCCAAGAUCCGCCAUCAAUAGCUCCCGAGAGCGCACCAGGCAUCCCAAAUGCCGAGCACGUUGCGAACGAAGGUCCAGAAAUGCAAGCCGAGCACGUUGUGAACGCAGAUCCAGAAAUGCAAAUCGAGACCGAUGAUGCUUCAACUGAGCAGCAAGCCAAUGACGAUUCCAAGAAUCAAGCUCUGCGGCGCGUGAAGUACCUAAAAUUUUGUGGAGAGGACGAAAACGACUACACUCGAGGACCCAUUCGCAUAGUCGACGCGUCCGACGGCGUUGAAAAUGUAUCCUCCUUGUUAUUGAAUUUGGACUUCUCUCGAAAGGUUCAAGCAGCCAUACAAUCUCAGCGAGAAGUGCGAGCUCUGGAAAAGUCCGCUGUUGGAGAGCACCAUCGAUGGCGCGACCUAAUUUCCCAAAUUACGAUGCAAAUCGCCGACUUGAACAUACGAAUUCUAAUGGCCACCGACGAGCGCGAAGUCAACGAUGACGAGGACACCGAGGAAGACUUACCAUCGUUGCGUAAAGAAGUGCACAAAUUGGAGGGGUUUCAGGAGGCGGUACAGUACCAAAUCCGUCUUGUUGAGGCGGGCAUUGAAGCCCAGAAGGAGCAUCUUCAUAUAUGUCAAGAAAAGGUCAAUGCAUAUCUCGAGGAAGCCUUCGUGGCAGCGAAGCUAAUGGAGUCUGCUCCUGCAGACAUUGAGCCCGAUUUCGAUGCGAUGGAUUUAGAAGCCGAGUUUGGCCAGUACUGCAAGGAAAUGGAUGAAGAGUUUCCAGGCUGGGACGCCGACGAGAAACCGCCAGGCGAUGCAGAAAGUCAGCCUGCUGCCACCAUUCCGGAUGACCAAGAUCCAGCCCGGCAGCAAAAGAUGCAAGCACAAGUUACCUGGCAGCAAGCCCAUCUCAAGUUCCGGAAAGCGCAAGAAGCUUUCGAUGCGCGCGAAGAGGAUGCAGACCAGGACCGAUGCCGGGCUGAAGAAGCAAAUGAAGACCCCCUCGAUUGGUCUCUGCGCUGGGUCCAACGCGGCCGCGAACUCACACGAGCCCUUAUCGAGGCAGAAGAAGAGGAAUCGAGAGCCCGAGCAGCUGCCGAAGAAGCCGGUGUUGAUGUCGCCCAGCACUACCAGAAGUCCCGCUUCCAGGACCAUGCAAGUGACGGCUAUGGCUCCGGGUACGAGCGAGGCGGCAUUACUCAAGCUCCUCGAGAGCGGAUCUUCGAGUGGAUGUCACAAAUUCCAGAUGGAGAAGCCGGAGAUCCCAAUAAGCAGGAGCUGGUGCCGAGACCAGAAAUUGAUGAUUGGAAUUAUGAAGAUAUUGCUAUCAAUGAAAGCCGCAGCGUGAUAGACGAUGAUCCGGGACGGCAGAAGAUUGACAGUUGGUCAAGAGCGUGCGGUCGUGGUGGACGUUGA